AUGGAUGUCCUGAAGCGCGAGCUGCAGCGGAAGCGCCAGCUCUUGGACGCCGACUUCGGCGGCCGCAAGAUCCUCCGGCGCGCCGAGAUCGAGGCCCGCGAGCUCCAGCGCGUCCGCGAGGCCGAGCGCCAGCGCCUCCUCCAGAAGCGGCUCCGGGACUCCCAACCAGAAGCCUCCUCUCCGUCAGGUUCCUCACCUGGCUCUUCGCCCGCCUCCGCCGUAGCCGACGCGUCGCCGGCGGAGAACGGCUCGAGCGGCCAGGCGGAGCCGCUCCCGAGGGACGAGGUCAUCCGGCGCCUGCGCGUGCUGCGGCAGCCGGCCACGCUCUUCGGCGAGGACGAUGCCGCGCGCCUGCGCCGCCUCCACGACGUGCUCGAGGACCCCGCCGCGCUGGCCGACGUCGACGCGUCGGAGAUCGGGGAGGGGCAGACCAACGACUUCCUCCGCGACAUCCAGGCGCUGCGGGCCAAGGCUGCGGCCGCGACGAAGCCCAAGGCCGGCGCGGAGGCCCAGCGGAGGGAGGGCGACGGCGAGGACAGGGAGGUGCCCUUCGAUGAGCUCUCCGACGAGGAUAAGAUCGCCGCGUUUUUCAGGAGGCUGAUGGGCGAGUGGAGCCAGGAGAUGGACGAGAUGCCCGAGGCGGAGCGGCGUACGGCCAAAGGGAAGGCCGCGGUGGCCACCUGCAAGCAAUGCGCGAGAUACCUCGACCCGCUCUUCAAGCAGUGCAAGAAGAAGGCUCUCCCUCCUGAUGUCAGACAAGCAUUGCUGGAGGUGGUCAAGUGCUGCAUGAGACGAGACUAUUUGGCUGCAGUGGACAAUUAUAUCAAGCUAGCGAUUGGCAACUCGCCAUGGCCAAUUGGUGUGACCAUGGUUGGUAUUCAUGAGCGAUCUGCCCGCGAGAAGAUCUACACAAACAGCGUGGCUCACAUCAUGAAUGACGAGACGACCAGGAAGUACCUGCAGUCCGUGAAGAGGCUCAUAACAUUCUGCCAGAGGAAAUACCCCACUGAUCCAUCGAGGUCAGUGGAGUUCAACAGCCUGGCAAAUGGUAGUGAUCUGCAGUCUCUCCUGGCGGAGCAGAACGCGAAGAAUUCAGAAGAAACUCUUCGGUUAGUGGCAGCAUCGUGACAGCAUUGGAUCAGAUUUGUGCUCAAAAUUCUGGGCAAGUUCGAUUGUUGUGUGAAUUCAUUGAUUCGAAACUGCUUAAUUCAAAGAACCCGAAUUGCAUAUCCGGUUGUUACAGGACUGUAAUGGAGCUUAAAUACUGUUGUCGUUGGACGUUGCAAAGCUGGACCAUACAUUAAUUAAUUAA